CGCUAGCCAGCAUGAGCAAUCUUGAGGAGGCCCUCAUGGCGCUCUUCCGACCAGGCGCAAUCCAGGAAGACAUCCUGCGUGCCCUCUUCCAGGGCCCGCCAAACCCACCUGCCGGUCCGCCACGCGUCGUCGACUUGACGCACGAGAUCCCGUCGCCACCCGCGCGCAGUCGCCCCGCGGCGAGAGACUCGCCUCCCGCUAAGAAGCGCAAGAAAUCGAAUGGCAAGGCGCCGGCCGCCACUUCGGCGCCCCUCACGCGCAGCGACGGAAAGGCCGUGCGCUACGACCCAACCCACAUGGCGUCGGCCGACUGCACGCAAGUGUGCAUGGACAACGCGGUCGCGAUGGAGCAGUACACGAAGAACGCGUUCUGCCCUAUCUGCCUCGACGAAUUCAAUGAGCUCGCGUCGACGUCGUGCGGCCACCUCUUUUGCGCACCGUGCAUCAGCAACGCCGUCGCCGUCAACGGCAAGUGCCCGCUCUGCCAGGCGUCGCCGGUUCAAAUCCACCUGCUGCACAUGUAGUCGUCGUCGUCGCCGCCGUGUAUUUAUCCCCUCCCACACCACACCCAAGAAGACCACGUAUACACC